AUGUUUGCCAAAGCCAAGCCCAGUAACUCCCUUGCAAAUACUCGCUAUAAGUUUCAAUCCCAGAUUGGAAACUGCAGCUUUAACACAGCCUCCGGACUGCUCCGCAAAACCGGCAGCCAGUUAAGACAGACGAAGCUCUGCUUAAAUAACGCUGAGAAAAAGCUUACGUACACAGGAUUUGUGGAUGAAGAGGAAUAUAUGCCCCCUCCGAAAAAACAAUCAUCCAGAAAAUUGAGUCAAACUCUUUGCGUUGCAACAAAAGAAAAUGUUUCAGUCUCCGAAGUACCGUUACUUAAAAAACGGGGUCGCAAUUUAAUUAGUUUGAUUGGACGAGUGGACUUUUGCCUUAAAAUGCACAAAAUGCAGCCAGAUUUAAAUGCCAUUUGGAACGUUUAUGGCAAAAUUGUACGCAUUGUUGAGGGCAAAUGGACAGAGCGGAUACUUCUUUUGCGCAAUGAUGGCCAAGGACCCAUUUUACAAAGUGUUUUCUAUGAUUUCGACAUUGAGGAUCAAGUGAAAACGCUUACAAAUGGAAAGUGAUGUUUUGUACGCAUAGUUGGUCGUUUCAUUGGCCAGAAUCGUAUGCACACCUUCCAGGUCGAACAGGUAAGCAAUAAUGUUUGGCAACAAAACUUUUUGCGUUUGGAGAGUUUGACUUCAUAUAUUUUGAUGCAGAAUACAAGUAAUAUACAAAAUUAAUUUUA